AUGUCUCCUAAGGCUCUCAUCACUGGUGCUGCUCGAGGAAUUGGACGUGCCAUUGCUCUUCGCUUUGCUAGAGAUGGUCUCAAUGUUGCUGUCAAUGAUAUUGAAGCAAGCUCUUCAGAUCUCAGCAAGGUUCAACAAGAAAUCGAAAAAAUGGGUCGAAAAUCUGUUGCUCUUAUUGCUGAUGUUUCCAUCGAUAAAGCAGUCGAAACAAUGAUGCAAAAAGCUGCAAAAGAACUAGGGAGUUUAAACGUCGUAGUCGCUAAUGCAGGAAUUGUCCAAGUGAAACCAAUUCUUGAUAUUACUACAGAAGAUUGGGACAAGAUGUUUGCAACUAAUAUGCGAGGCACGGGAGGCAAAAUCAUUGGUGCCUGCAGUGUCGCCGGAUACACAUCAGCUCCAAUGAUGGGACAUUACUCUGCGACUAAAUGGGGUGUACGUGGCCUUACACAAGCUGCUGCCAUGGAAUGGGCUAAACACAAGAUUACAGUCAAUGCUUACUGUCCAGGUAAGUUUCAUUCCUUUUAUUAA